CGGCGGCGGUGGCGGAAGUGGGAGCGGAGCCGGAGUCUUGGCCAUAAAGCUCGAGGCGGCGGCAGCGGCGGCGUUGAAGGCUUGGGGAGUGCCGAGGAGUUAGCAGGAGCCGGAACCGGAACUUGAACUUCUCCUCAGCUCCUGUCCUCCCUUGUACCUCCUCCUCGGUGGGAGCCCUAGCGACGCGUCCGGCCCGGAGCCCCCAACGGAGCGGCCGCGCUCCACUGAAGGCAGGAGGUAGAUGUUGACCCUUGCCUUGUUACUUGUAGUCUGCUGCCCUUGCUGUUUCACGGUCUCCUGAGGAUGAUGGACCAGAGCUAAGGGCUCUCAGUGUGAAGGAUGACCUCUAGGAAGAAAGUGUUGCUGAAGGUUAUCAUCCUGGGAGAUUCUGGAGUUGGUAAGACAUCACUCAUGAACCAGUAUGUGAACAAGAAAUUCAGUAAUCAGUACAAAGCUACAAUAGGAGCAGACUUUCUGACAAAGGAGGUGAUGGUGGAUGACAGACUAGUUACAAUGCAGAUCUGGGACACAGCAGGCCAGGAACGGUUCCAGUCACUUGGUGUGGCCUUCUACAGAGGCGCAGACUGCUGCGUUCUGGUAUUUGACGUUACUGCCCCCAACACAUUCAAAACCCUCGAUAGCUGGAGAGAUGAGUUUCUCAUCCAGGCCAGUCCCCGGGAUCCUGAAAACUUCCCCUUCGUUGUGUUGGGAAACAAGAUUGACCUCGAAAACAGACAAGUGGCCACAAAGCGGGCACAGGCCUGGUGCUACAGCAAAAACAACAUUCCCUACUUCGAGACCAGUGCCAAGGAGGCCAUCAAUGUGGAGCAGGCGUUCCAGACAAUUGCACGGAAUGCACUUAAACAGGAAACAGAGGUGGAGCUGUACAACGAAUUCCCUGAACCCAUCAAACUGGACAAGAACGACCGGGCCAAGCCCUCAGGGGAAAGCUGCAGUUGCUGAAGGGGCAGUGAGAGCAGAGCACAGAGUCCUUCACAAACAAAGAACACACUUAGGCCUUCCAACACAAGCCCCCUCUCCUCUUCCAAACAAAACAUAAAGUCAUCUAUUGAAUCCAGCUGCCAAAAGAAACCCCAUCAAACACACUCACCCUUACACACACACACACACACACACACACACAGCCCUGAUACAAGCAGACAGACUCCAGCCCAGGCCUGUGAUGACUCCAUCGGGGUCUGCCCACCCACCACAUCAGCCCUUGUACGGCAGCACAACAGGCAAGCUGUAGAAAUCGUUCUGGUGUGGAGUCAGCAUCGGAAGCUUAUUCUUUUUGUCACUGGGGAGAGAGAACUGUUUACAGUUAAUCUGUGUCUAAUUAGUUAUCUGAUUUUUUUAACGGUCUUGUGGUGUUUUUACCCCCUACCCCCACCCCUCCCUCCUGUGAAGGCUACCACUUGGGAAGGCUGGUGCCCCAUGCUUCAUUACAGGCUCACACCCAGUCUGAUCAGGCUGAGUUUUGUAUGUAUCUGUUAAUGCUUGUUACUUUUAACUAAUCAGAUCUUUUUACAGUAUCCAUUUAUUAUGUAAUGCUUCUUAGAAAAGAAUCUUAUAGUACAUGUUAAUAUAUGCAACCAAUUAAAAAUGUAUAAAUUAGUGUAAGAAA